AUGACCGAUAUCGAUCCGAAUUCUCCAGCCAACCUCCGUGCACUCAUGCUCUAUGACAUUUCUCAACGGAAAACUAUGCGAGAAUCGAUAGAAAAUCAUCGAUUUUUGUGUAAACAUUUGGGAAAAAAGGCGAUUUUAUAUGAUGAAUACGAGCUUUGUUUCAAUCGAUGUCUCAAUGAAAACUAUCAUUCUACUAUAGAGAAAAGAGAUCUCUCAAUUCCUGAUAUCCUUGUAUGCAUUCUAUCAGAUGUGAUCGAUAGAAAAACUGCUAAAAAAUCAAUCGAUGAUUUGUGUAAUGCAUUCAAAAAUCAUAAAAUCGAUAAAAAAGAUCAUAAGUGUUGUUUCAAACGCUUUCACAACGGACACGUCAGUCAAGUUACAUUUUCCGAUUUGCCAGAAGAUGUUCUCGCUGAAAUUGUCGGAAGAUGUGAUAUGAAGUCAUAUUUGAAUCUCCGAAAAGUUUCAUAUGGACUUCGAACCGUCAUUGAUCAGCUCGCGCCUCCUUGCACUGAUAUUGAAGUGCAUUGUGGCUUGCAAAAAUUUUAUGUAAAUGGUGCACUUCUGGCCGACUCGAUUUCUUUCAACACACCGAAUUCACAUCUUCCAAUUGAAGAGAUCGAAAGACGAAUGCCUGGAACACUGACACUUUUGCUGAGAAAUCCAAAACUCCAACUGAAAAAUUUCUUAUUUUACACGGUUCCAGGUCCUGAAGAGACCUUGUCGGAUACAGAGACCGUAAUCAAUCUUAUCAACUCAUUUGAUCGUAAACUUCACGUUAAAAAUUGCUCAAUUGGAGUCGACAGCGAAAAAGAGUUGAUCGGAAUUUUGCAAUGCUUCAAACCGGGAACACUCGAACAAAUUGAGCUUCUCAUUGAUUUGUUUCCGUUGAGCAAUGAAAUUGUUGAAAUAGACCAAUGGAAACAAGCGAAACAUCUGCGUUUGGAAGGAUUCAACUUGCCGUCCAUUGAUCAUCUACUUCAUUUCUCAACCAUUGAAGCUAGCGUUGAUCCGAUUUCUCUGGAAGACUUGGUCAUGCUUUGCAAGUUCGAGCGUGGGAAUUCGAAUUGGCUUAAAAUCUACAAAAAUUAA